UGUCAAAAUAAUUCCUCUUUUACUUUUUAUCGCUUCCUCUCAAUCAUUCCAACCUCUCAGCAUGAAUCUGAAUCUACAUGACCCCAGGGACUGGAUGAAAAACCUUCCCGGCGAUUUGAGUGUCACUCAAAUGUCGAUACCGGGAACUCAUAAUAGCCAUGCUAUUGAAUCCAAUGUUGUGGUAGCGUCAAACGGCAACGUGAACUUUGCCGCCUAUGCGUUAUAUAAUCCUGGGAUCGUUUCAAUGUAUGCUCAGGUUUAUACUGCAAUAGCAACAUGCCAAAGGUCUUCUAUGUGGGACCAACUGCAUUUUGGCGUCCGUUGCUUUGAUCUGCGGGUGCGCUCGUGGGAAAAGUUUGAUAACGAGGGAGGUCGCUGGGCGUUUGGUCUCUGUCACGGAAGUGCUAAGCUCAAGGAGAGUCUGACACAAGUUCUUGACGGAAUGGCGGAUUUCCUUAAGAAGUAUCCAAGCGAAACAUUACUCAUUUCUAUCAAAUGGGACGAGGAAAAGCGGGACGGAUCGAAUCCUCCUGUUAUAGUCACGCCAGACCGUAACCUUCGCUUCGGCGUGUCCGAGAUCUGGGAUAAGCACAACUGGUUCAAAGGAGCAUAUUGGCCUAAGCUUCACGAAGUACGAGGUCGAGCUAUUCUACUGCGUCGAUUUUGGAAUCCUGAUAAUGAGUUGCUGGGCAUCAACUUCGACGACCCAAGUUUCUACAAUAAUGCCUGCAGCAAGGGGCCCGAAGGCAAAUGGAAGCAAACGACACACGCAGGCCGAGAUUCGAUGACCAUCGAGGAGCGCUGGAAAUGUGCGCGAGAUAUGCUCAACGAAGCCAAGGAAGCUGAUUUCAAUGACAACGUUAUGUAUUUUGCAUCGACAUGCGAUGUCUGGCUGGAUAUGGAUGGAAAGAAGCCAAGAUUCUGGGCCCCUUCCUACUAUGCAGAGCAACUAUGUCAACCUCUUCUCACAUUCAUGAAUGGAGAGUAUAGGUCGCAGAAGAAGGGCAGAUACGGUGUUGUUGUCACUGACUUCUGCAACCAGACCAUUUCCCAACUCAUCUUCGAACAAAACUUCAGCCGUUGAUUUCUAUACUAUGCCGCCUGUUCUGUUUCAAAUUACUGGGGAUAUUCUUUGCAGUUGAGACGUGUGGAGGAGAGUUUAUAGUUACAGCAUAAAACUUGACUUCAGUAUCUAUAGUCUAUUAUGAUUCUAUUGCCCUUUGACGUCU